AUGAGCUCCUAUUUUGUCAACCCUCUUUUCUCCAAGUACAAAGGCGGCGAGUCUCUGGAGCCAACUUACUACGACUGCAGGUUCCCACAGAGCGUCGCCCGCAGCCACACGCUGGUCUACGGACCCGGGGCGGCCGCGCCGGGCUUCCAGCACCCGUCCCAUCAUGUGCAGGACUUUUUCCACCACGGCACCACCGGCAUCUCCAACCCGGGAUACCAGCAGAAUCCGUGCGCACUGGCGUGUCACGGCGACGCGGGGAAAUUUUACGGAUACGAAGCCCUGCCCAGGCAAACGCUUUACGGUAGCCAGCAAGAGGCGAGCCUGGCGCAGUACCCGGACUGUAAAUCGUCGGGAGGCUCGAACCCCGGUGAAGGACAAGGCCACUUAAAUCAAAACUCCUCUCCCAGCCUUAUGUUCCCGUGGAUGAGACCCCACGCCCCAGGACGACGCAAUGGCAGGCAAACCUACAGCCGCUACCAGACUCUGGAACUGGAGAAGGAGUUCCUCUUCAACCCUUACCUGACCCGCAAGAGGAGGAUCGAGGUCUCCCACGCCCUGAGCCUCACCGAGCGGCAGGUGAAGAUCUGGUUCCAGAACCGGCGGAUGAAGUGGAAAAAGGAGAACAACAAGGACAAGUUUCCGGGUCAGAGGGGAGAGGCCGAGGCCGAGGAGGAGGGCAACGAGGACGGUGAAGUGGAAGAAGCAGAAGAGAAGGAAGCGGAAGAGAAAGACGAGACCAAGGAGUGAUUUUAUGGUCCUUUUAUGGUUAUAUGGCUGAAAAAGAGAAGAAAAAAGCUCUCAUAAAGAGAGCAGGAGUCACAAGAGCAUCAUCUUUAUGACCGCCCUUUCGUUUUUGUCAAGUGGGAACAGGAAUCCCAACAAUAUUCCUGUUAAAUAUGCACAUUUCUCAGUUUUCAACAAACGGGAUUACACAUUUUUUUGCCACAAAAAUAAGACGCUACACUUUAUUUUAUAUACUAGAUCUGCUGCCCCUGCAAAACAAAACAAAACUAAACAAAAAAGGGAAAUAAAACGCAUGUUAGAUAAAAAAAAUUACAUUUUUUGGACCCAUUUCUUAGAAAACAGGAUAAAAUUUACCCCACAAUGACUGAAAUCAAUCUGUAAAUAGACCAAAAUCAUACUAUCAUGAUUAUGACAUUAUUAUUAUUAUUCUCAUUGUUUCGCUUGACCAUAUUUUUAAACAGCCAUGAUCUCCAAACAGUUGCUUUUGGAGAAUGACCAGGGAAUUGCAAUCGUUUGAAAUCCUUUGAUGCUACCUAAACCUGGGGAUAAUUGCAAUAGAGAUUUCUGAAUAUAGAGAUUUCAUACGGUUUUUAAUUUUAAGGUGUUAUAUAUAUAUAUUCACACACACACACACACACACACCGAGCUUAUUAUUAGGUAAUGUAUGUAGCAUUUAUCCAAUUAUGUACUCUUGUUGAAGACAAUUCUUUACGUCUUGGGAAGACAAUUAGCUCCAAGCCAAGCAAUUAAGAGAUUGUUACCAGGCACUACCUAAAGUUCGGAGCCUUGCCUUUUGCAGAAUCCACAACUCGCACUCCACAGUGGCACAGGGCUCUGAAUGAACGACUAUAGCUAUUUCCCCAACAACUAAAACUGCCUAUUAACGCACAUUAACUGCGUGAACCUG